AUGGGCGCAGGAGCCUUCAUAGAACCACUUGUGGUCAUUACCCUACUCUUCGGCGGUACUUGGGUGAACCGUAACACAGAGUACCGUCUUCUUAACCGACCAAAAGUCUAUCACCACUCGCCUCGCUCCGCCUCACCCGAGUCCGGUCGAUCGAGUCCCCUGUCCAACACAUCACUUCUCGCCAAUGUCGACGAAGAGCCACCAUGGCAGACGCGCGAAAUCAAGAUUCUAGGCAUGCGCAAAAAAGUUGUCAGCCCAAACACCCGUAGAUUCCAAGAUUACUUCCUAUCAAGACUGCUCCAAAAGUUUCCCUUCUUAGUCGAAGCAUGGUACUGGGCCCUGAUUUACUGGGUCUACCAAGUCGGGCGCGGCAUAAGCGCACUCUACCUCAUCGAUGAAGGCACUGUCAACGUCGCCCGCCGCCACGCCCUGCAACUCAUCGCCCUGGAGCAGCGCCUUCACAUCUUCUUCGAACUCGACAUCCAAGCCUGGUUCCUCAAGCACCCCUUCAUUCUCCACUGGACAAACCGCAUCUACUCCUUCAUCCACAUCCCCGGCACCAUCCUCUUCCUCGUCUGCCUCUACUACUACACCACAACCCGCAACCGCAUCGAUCUCCCCAUGCACAACAAGCCGAUAGGCGAAGCAUCCGGCAGUCCCGCAGGCGCCGCUCUCUACGCAGCCCGCCGCCGCACAAUGGCAACCUGCAACCUCCUCGCCUUCAUCAUCUUCACCCUCUGGCCCUGCAUGCCCCCGCGCUUACUCUCCGACCCAGACGUCACGGGCGACGUCGGCAAAAAAGCCCGCAGCUUCGGCUUCGUAGACACCGUGCACGGCGCCGAGGGCGAAAGCAGCGUCUGGACGCAAAAUAAAUUCUGCAAUCAGUACGCUGCGAUGCCUUCGCUGCACUUUGGUUACUCGCUUCUUAUCGGCCUAACGGUUAUGACGAUUCCGCUAGCCCCGCAGCAUGCACGGACGAGGAGUGUGGCGCUGACGAUGGGGCUGCGCAUGCGUGUUCCGUCGCUACGAAGGUUUUUGUGCAUUGCGCUUGGUGUCGCGUAUCCAACUACUAUCCUGAUUGCGAUUGUGGCGACGGCGAAUCAUUUUAUCCUGGAUGCGGUUGCUGGCGCUAUGGUGUGCGGGAUUGCUUGGGUAGGCAAUGGAGUGCUGCUUAAUUUGCUUCCGCUAGAAGACUACUUUUUGUGGUGUGUACGGAUUCACAAGCCUGAGAGGCGGUCGGUUGGCUGGGGUGGGGAGGAGUUCAAGUAUGGGUCCAAGGGCGUAGUUUUUGAUUAA